AUGACAUGGUCAGCUAAGCUCCCAACCUUGCCGAUUACAACCUGUCAAAAGUCAGAAUUUGGUGGAUGCAGCACAUUUUCCGACGGACUUCGAUUUUGAGGACAAGUUCAGUAGAGCGGACUGCGCUUCUUGGCUCCGAAUUUAGGAAGCAGGUAGAGCUUGGAAAUUUCAGAAAUGGAAGGCAAUCGGGAAAACAGUCGUCUAGGGAUCUCUGGAAGAUCAGGAAGGCCUGCGGGGGACGGGAAAUAUCCCCCGGUGAUGCUCCUGAUUUAUCAUGGUCUUCCAAGGCUCGGGAUGGAUAGGAUAUUUUCUUUCAAUUGCCCGCUUCAUCCCUUUGAUCGGCACUCUGAGGAAAUGGGGGGUGUUUUGAUUUGUGUCCCCCAUGGAUAGAUAUCCUACAGAUAACACGAUAUCUCCUGCACGCUAACCAGUGGUUCGCCGCGUGGGAGAUAGACCCCUCCUCUCGCUGUCUCUGUCUCUUCUCUUUCUUCUCUCUCUCGCUCACUAUCCGCUCCUCCCCCUGCUCCCUCUCGCUGCAUACCUCUCUCUGCCACCUCCUUGGUUCUCACUCCCAGGAAAACAAAGUAGAUUAUAGUAGAGGUGUUGGGUGGGAACGAGAGAGAGAGAAAGAGGCCAGAUUGAUUAAUGGCAGUCUCUUAUCUCUCAACUUUGCCUUCCCUCCGUCCUCACUCCCCUCAAGCUCCAUCGUCAGUUCUUCCCAGACACGCUACCAAUGUAAGAUAAGAAAGGGGGAUGACGCCAUGUCUUCAAAUUCCCCCAUCCUCCAUGGAUGGCGUUUCCUCACUAUCCUCAUCUUUUAAUCAUUAUGUCCCAUUAGCUAACCUUCAGAGCUCUUACUGUGGGGGAAAACUUAGGUGGUCGUCUCUUGCCGUAGAACCGAGAGGUACUCUUCAGGUGUGGACUCCAUCGGCAGGAGAGAGGCUCUAAAAUGCGUCGGGGCUGUGUUAGGCAUGGUAUGUGAAAGCCUGUUAGGCUCUACAUUUUUCGAGUCUGCCCAAUUGCAGAAGUCUCCUGGUUUUCCUGCAACUUGAUAUUUCUUCUUCGAUCUUGCAUUCCCGUCUAAUUCUUCGUGCAUAACCAAGCUGACCCAGGAAGAUUCUAUAUUAGGGAGGGAAAUUAUUGAUAGUCGCUAAUUCUGUGCGAAAGAGGUUUCUCCACUAAUCUUCCGCGUCAGCAUGGCAUUUUAUAUGCUUCCCUGUUCAACUACCAACACCCAACUUCGAAUAGUUUCAUCGCUGUCUCAAAGAGAUGUUCCAGCAUGACAACUUUGGAGUGUUUCCUCCAAUCGUGUCACUCUGAACAUAUUCUACAUGGUUCAAGAUUUUUGUUUACUGUUUCUGACAAGAUAAAAGUUCCCUUUCCUACCCUCUAGUUUUUGUUUACGCGGAUGAAGUUCUGGUCCUUUUGGACUAAUCCUUCCCUUUCAGAGUACCUGAUCCAAACGUAUGAUGUUGUCCCGUCCUGCAGCGUGAAAUAUCCGCAUAAUAUUCCAACGAGAGUCUUGGAUGACGGUUCCACCAUUUUUGUUUGGAACAAUUGCCCUCCACUUGUGUCACCACCUCAAUCAGCCGUAGAAUCUCUCCUAGAUUUCUGGCUUGAAGGUUCUAACAUUGUUCCAGUGGACUUCCAUGUUGACUUCAGGGCAAGAAUCUCGAUAAAUGACCCAUUUCAAGUAUAUCAUGCAAACAGGACCAGAUUGUAUUGUUCUGCUGAUAUGGCUGCAUUAUACCGUUGAUAUGCCUGGCCCGCGUUAUGCAUUUUGCAUCCACAUAGCACCUUGUUUCUCUCAGUUAUAUACGCACAUAAUAUAUAGAUUGAGUGGAUGCUUUCCUGUCGAGAGAUUGGUGUCCCAAAAUUAGUGUGGAUACAGUGACAAUUUUCGUCUAGUUGUCAUAUAUAGGAAAUUUUGGCGAGCUCAGGGUCGUUUACUGAAUUGGCAUGCGCUGCUGAUUUAAUUCAGAGAAGACAACGGUCUGAACUCCAGUGUAAGUUGGAGGGUCUCAUGAUGUUUUAGGGAUUAACUAUGUCACUUAUUUCGGCUGUCUAAAUUCAAUCUCUUUUUACAGCCUUUAUCAAAGAUAACUUUUCGACAGCCAUCAAGGUAUGUACCUGAUAUACUUGCAACAUAUUUUCGACUAUUAAAAUCUUCUCUGACUGUUGCCAUAUUCCACUGAACCUGCCUCUCUUAUCUUUGAAGAAACACCCAGACCUUGUCCCAUCUAUACUUGCUCUAGCACUAAAUGAUGCUCUCACAUAUGAUAAGGUCAGGCCAAUCUUCUUCAUGAUUUCAUUUAAUGGCACGGUGUUGACUUGGUGUCAUCUAAUUCCUCCUCGAAAUUCUGACUGACCAAAAUGCACUUCUAGGCCACAAAAACUGGAGGGCCAAACGGAUCAAUCAGGCUAAGGUACUUAUUUUAAAAAAUAUUGCGACAUUGAGGACUCCUACAUUUCACCAUUCAACCUAUCUGGAGCUCAGAAAUAUUUACUUCUUCUUUAGGUCCUUCCACUUAUGUGUCAUGUUGUUCUAUAUCUCUAGCUUCAUUAAUUCUUACUCUUUCCAUGAAGCUCGGAGAUUAGCAGACCUGAAAACAGUGGGCUUGGUGCGGCAUUAAGUCUUUUAGAGGAGUCAAAGAAGGAGAUAGAUGCCUUCUCCAAGGGAGGGCCUCUUUCCUAUGCAGACCUCAUCCAAUUUGCUGGUGAAAUAUGUAGCAUGUCUCUUGGUCAUUCUGUACCGAUUCUUUUCUUGGUGUGUCUAAUGAAAGCUUUCUUAUAUAAUGACAAUGGAAAUAAUGAUCGUACAUGAAUUUUCUACUUUAGGGUCAUCCUGUGAUUCAAUCAUCCUAAAACGUUUAGGUUCAAAAUUCUUCACUUCGAUUUUUUUUUGUCUUGCACAUCAAAAUAGACGAUUAUGCACAUCAAAAUAUGCGAUGACUACAAACACCUAUUGUCACAUCCUGUUUGAGAGUUUGAGUCGCUGAUAGUUGAUUUUGCGUUUACAAAUGAUUGGCCCUUGGGAAGAUCAUGGAAGUCUCGUAUUUACACUGCUAUACGAACAUUGAUUUAUGUGGGGCGAGCACUCUUAGGAACGCCGUCCUUUUAACUGGAGUCCAACGAUUCUUCAAUUACAUUUGGGCGCAUUUGGAAAGCUCAUAUUUGCUAUCAGUUGAACACACGACAAUAACUGAUGCAUGCUCAUGAAAAAGUAUGCUUCAUUGUCGCUUAGAAAUGUGACUGUGGCUGCGCGUCAGAUGCCAUCUUUUAUCCAGUCCGACCCUGCAAUCAUAUGUAAAUAGAUGUUCCCACUGGCAUAGCUCCGUCUUUCCUCUGUUAAUGCUUGAUCAAAUCUAGCAAACGCGUCGCAACCAUGCAAGAACUGUUAUUUCCUCUCAAUUUUGCCAUCGCUUCUUUUUCUAUUUUUUAUAGUGUUACCUCUGAUGGAACAUCAUUCUAAGUGAGUAAUUAUUUCAAUGCUUGGAAUGCGGUGUAGCCCAAUCUGCUGUAAGGAAAACAUUCAUCGACUCUGCCAUUCGAAAGUGUGGUGGGAAUGAAGAGAAGGGAAGGAUACUCUACACCGCCUAUGGCUCUACUGGUCAGGUCCGUUUCUGGAUCCAACCCAAGUCUCUAUACAUGUAGCGGAGUAAUUUUGCUCAUCAAAAUGUGGCUCUCUGUCUCUGGGAGGGAAGAUGGCGUAGCAUUCCAAGCUUUCAUUCUGUGGCCUGGAAAAGGCAAAGUAAAUACUAAGGAUGAACGCUUGCAAGGCAUUUCACAGGGCCUAAAGUAGGUUAUAGGUGGCUGCCUAUUACCUUUGUCUAUAGAAAGUCCUGAAAAUGUGAGGAGUACACACGGUCACUCUCGCUAAACUGUCUUCUUAAUCAGGCUUAAAUGUUUACCCUGGAGAAAUGCUCAGUACAAAUCUGCCACCAGAUCACAGUCUCCUUUCCUGUUCUUUACAUUUGGUUUUAUUUACAGUCUAAUAGCCCGUGUACAAUUGGGAUUUGGGGACGCUUGGAUAGUAUUUCCUUGCCAUGGUAUUGUGGGAUCGCCACUUUUUUAAAAGAGGCAGAUUAUGGAAUUGACAGCAUAUGAUUUGCAAGAAGAUGAUCGAUUUUAUUGAAGGUAAAACGGUGAAAAGCUUAAUACCCUUCCCCCGUGGGGUUCUCUUAGUUUGUAUGCAUUGAUAUGUAACUUUGUUACCAUGAAGAGAUGUUUUCAUCAAGUUAGGCCGCAAUAAUCUUACUUCCUGACCAUGUUCACAGUGGGGCUUGUUCGACAGACAAUUUGGGCGGACUGAUUCCCAAGAACCCGACCCUGAAGGGCGCAUCCCUCAGUGGGACAAGGCAUCUGUCCAGGAGAUGAAAGCGAAGUUCACGGCAGUAGGCUUGGGUCCUCGUCAGGUGAUCUCCCAAAGUUGCUUUGUCUUCUGUAUAUUCUGCAGAUCUCAAAAGAAAGAAUGUUGCGUCCUUAAAUCAUGUGACUGCGCUCAUGAAAAGUCGACAGGAGAACUAGGGACUCGGUAAAGGCCAUAAGUUUCUUAUUUUGGCUAAUAUUAUUAAAAAUAUAUAUUUUGGUUCCCUUCGUAGUACCCAGGCUUCCUUAAACCUGACCAUGUUGCUGGAAUGCACUCAUGCUUUCAUAUUAAAGUCUGUGACCCUCACCUCUUCCUUGCCCAGGUCAAGGAAUCGAGAUUUCAUGAUAUUUGCGUUCAUCACCAUCCUUAAACAGAGCCUAGGUGUUUGUAAUGUAUUAUUGCUCUUGCUAGUUCCCAAUCGCUGUCUAAUUCCACCUAGAAUCUCUCUGGAACCAAGUUUUCUAAGUUUGCACGAACGCUUCCUUCUGCAGCUAGCAGUGAUGUCAGCGUUUCUGGGUCCAAACCAGCUGGCAACAGAGAGCUUGCUAGCUUCGGAUCCUGAGGUCCGUCCCUGGGUCGAGAAGUAUCAGCGAAGCAGAGAAACCGUUUCUCAGACUGAUUACGAGGUGAGAGCUCCCCGCCAAAAAAACUCACGUCUCUCCCCUAAUGCUGGUGCCUAGAGGGGAUAUCCGAACCUUGAGAUAGCUCAAUGGCCGUGGGUCAACUGAGAUACAAUUCAGAGAGUCAACUCCCCUGCUGUUUCUCUCAUGGGUCAACGGCAGCGAAGCACUGCUCAAAAGGUUCUUUAAAUUUCCAAGUGCCUCAGCAAGUGUCCUGUUCUUCCCUCUGUGGUGGCAGGUGGAUCUGAUUACAACCCUCACCAAGCUCAGUGGCCUCGGACAGACCAUCAACUAUGAAGCGUAUUCUUACCCGGUCCAGAAGAUUGACUUCCGGAAGCUGAAACUGUGA